UUUGCCGAGUUAUGGCAGCGGGGCGGAUUUUAACGAGAUGUUCCGCGUUCACGUGCGUGCGUUCGGCGGCUCGAUAAUAAAAUAGAAUCGAUAUUGUUUGAUUGUUUUUUUUUUUAUAAAUAAACAACGCGUGCGAGACACAAUUUACGCGACGAUGUCGGACAGUAGCAUACAAGUGGCGAUCAAAAUCAGACCGCUCAUCCAACGAGAGAAGGAGGAAAAUCUGCCGAUGCAAUGGAUAUCUCAGGGCAAAACCAUCGUGGCUACGGACGCGGAGAUCAAGAAGCGAGGCGACGGUGGAUUUCAAUUCGAUCAUAUUUUUGAUAUGAACUCGACCAACAACGACGUGUUCGACACCAUUGUAAAACCUAUAGUCGACGCUGCUGUGAAUGGAUUCAAUGGGACGGUGUUUGCUUAUGGACAAACGAGUUCUGGGAAAACUUACACAAUGAUGGGCACAAUGGAAGAGCCGGGUGUCAUACCUUUGGCUGUUGAGUACAUGUUCGACGCUAUUUCCAACACUCCCGGACGGGAGUUUCUGUUAAGGGUAUCUUACUUGGAAAUUUACAAUGAAAAAGUCAACGACUUGUUAGAUGUAAAUAAUUCAGACUUGAAGAUACACGAGGAUAUAAAUAAUCAAGUAUUUGUAAAGUGCAAAGAAGAAGUUACUAAUUGUCCAGAGAAUGUUUUGUCAAUUAUGUGCAGAGGUAACAAGAACAGAAGAAUAGGAGAAACCAAUAUGAAUGAGAAGAGCAGUAGAAGCCAUACAAUCUUCAAAAUUACAAUUGAGAGCAGAGAAGCUGGCGCGGAUGGUGCAAUACAAGUGUCACAAUUGAACAUGGUUGAUCUUGCUGGAUCGGAGAGGAUGCGGCAAACAGGUGCGACUGGAGAACGUUUCAAAGAAGGACGUCACAUUAACUUGUCCCUUUCUACCUUGGCGUUAGUAAUCAAACAAUUGAGCGAGUCGCAAGACGCUCAGAAAUUUAUAAAUUUCCGAGACAGCAAACUCACAAGAUUAUUGCAAGCCUCUCUAGGUGGCAACGCGAUGACUGCGAUAAUCUGCGCUAUAACACCAGCCGCGCUCGAAGAAACCCAAUGCACAUUAUCAUUCGCAUCCAGAGCGAGAAAUGUGAAGAAUAAGCCUCAGCUGAACGAGGUCAUGUCUGAUGGCGUACUUUUGAAACGUUAUGCGAAACAUAUCGAUGCGCUUAACGCGGAAUUAGAGAGAAUGAAACAACUGACCGGAUCGACCGAUUUGCUGGAAAUCGAGUCUAAAAUGCAAGAAAAAGAUCGUAUCAAUCAGAAUUUAGAAAAUCGAAUUCGAUUAUUGCAAACCCGAAUAGUCACGAGCAACAAUCACAACAGCGAAUCGUUCAAAACGAGAGAGAAGAGAAGACGAACUUGGUGCGGUACCGAUGGAUAUAAGUCUACAUUCCACUCGCGUGUAGAUUUAUCACCAAUCAAAGAAAUGUCGCCUAUCAAGUUGCACAAAUCUAAAUCGAACGACAUUGAAAUGAAUACAUCGUUCGAGGUAGCUUUCGAAGACUUUGAAUUGGAACUUAUGAAAAGUGAAGCUAAUCGUGAGGAAGAGAGCGAUGAUGAUGAUGUUUUCAUUACACGUCGUCCUCACAAUCGAGUGAGGUUUUUGGAAGAUGUAUUCAUUCAGAAAUCGCCUGUAAACUAUGACAGUCGUGAUACCACUCCUGAAAAACUGGACUCAUACGCCCAAACUACAAGCAGCUUGUCUCCGGGAACACCAAGACAAGUUUUGCAGGACAGAGUCCGUCGUCUGGCGGAAGAGUACGAAGAGUUGCGAGAGUACACAACCUUGGAGAAGCAGAUGUACGUUGACGAACAUAGCCAGAAACUCGCAAAAGUCUCGUCGUUGGAAAAACAACUGGAAAACACGACAUGCGACAAAGACGCCUUCGAACAUAUAAUAUCUGAUCUUCGUAGACAAUUAACCGCGGCCGAAUCGCGUUGUGCGUCGGCGGAGGAUCAGAUGAACGCGCAAGCGUCCGAAUUACAAAGAAUACCGAGUUUAGAGAAGCAAAUCGCGGAAUUGACCGCGAAAACGAUCGAAAUGCAAAACAUUUCACAGUUGCAGAAGCAAAUAAACUUUCUCACAGCUGAGAAAGAUGGAUACGAAUGCGUGGCCAAGCAAUUGCGGAUCAAGCUCAAUGAGUCUGAACAACGUAAUAUUUUGCUGGAAGAGAAAUUACAACAAGUAACGUCACGAAGAACGGAAUUGGAAGAACCGCUUAUAGAAUUCGCGUCAGAAAACGGGACCACGCAGGGAAUAAAACUGGAAACCGAAAUUAUCGCCGCAUCCGAAAAAAAUAACUUGGAGUGCAAAAUAACCGAACUUCAAAACAAAUUGGCGGAAGUGGAGCAAUGCAACAGCUCGUUGAAAGACAAAUUGCGCGAACGGGAAACGGAACUGCAAGAUCUCGGCGUCGCGCGACAACAGGUUCGCGAUCUCGCGUCCGAGAAGGACGAGCUUCAGCGCGCUGUUUGCGAGAUUCAGCAGAAAUUGAGCGAAGCGGAGGAAUGCAACAGCUCGUUGAAAGACAAAUUGCGCGAGCGGGAAACGGAACUCCAAGAUCUCGGCGUCGCGCGACAGCAGGUUCGCGAUCUCGCGUCCGAGAAGGACGAGCUUCAGCGCGCUGUUUGCGAGAUUCAGCAGAAAUUGAGCGAAGCGGAACAAGUCAAUACUUCGAUAAGAGAUAAGUUGAGCGAGCAGCAACUGGAAGUUCAAAAGUGUCAGUAUCAAGAGAAGCGAAUUGAGCAACUCAUGUCUGAGAAGCGCGAAUUCGAACUGGUCAUCGAUAAAUUGAAACAGCCACUCGUGGGGCCGGAAGUACUUAGCGCAACGGAAGGUGAGACAAACGAAGAUCAGCCACAUGUAGACGCACUUCAAUUUCUAGAGGAACAUAUUCAGAAUCUUCCACAAAAAAAUAUUCUAAGAAAACAAGAAGAAUCAAAAGAAAAGACAAAUGACAGUUUAACGGACACGUUGACGGAAGUUGAAGUAACAAAUGCUUCAGUGUCAGUUGACAGUGCUGAUGACGAGGUUGCUCGUCUGAAAAAUCGCAUGAACGACUUGGAGUGUAUAAUCGCAGAUAUUCAGAAAGAAAAUAAACAUUUGAAGGAGGAAGCGUUAGCGAAAUCGGCAAUAUCGAAUCACGAGUACGAUUCAAUCAACGAGUCGUCGGUCAAUGUGGAAGACAUGUCGAGCACGAAGAUGUCCUUGGAUGACACUCUUAAGUUGUCCGCCGAUCUGGUUCUGAAGACUCAGCAGUUGGACGAGAUGAGAAAGGACGUGCAAAGCUUGAAGGCGGAUUUGGAAAGCCUGCAGGAAACCGUGUAUCUGUUGACAACCGAGAACAGCGAGCUGGCGAGCAAAUUGUCGGCGGAGAAGGAGUGCGCCGAGAAGGCGGCUGCCGAUUUUCAGCAAACGAUCGAUGAUCUUUACGCGCGAAACGCAAAGAUACUGGAUGAGAAACUCAAUCUGCGGAAUAAUUUGGUGUUGCUCAACGAUGAGUUGACAAUUCUUCGUUCAAAAGUAUCCGAAACAACUUCCAGCGAAAACGAAAGGAUCCUCAAGUACGAGGAACAAAUCAACGUGCUGACGGAAAAGAACGCGGGGUUGUUAUCCGACAUCGUUGAUUACACGAAAGAGUUGGAAACGUUGAAAGAGAGCAAAUCGCUUGUGUACGAACACGAUUGCAUGUACAAAGACAAACUGACUCAUCUCACGGAUAAACACGAAUAUCUGACGAAGGAAAACAACGAGCUCUCCACCACCUUGAUGGACAAGAUCGAGGAGAGCGACAGGUUGAAGCAGGAGUGCGACAUUUUGAGCAGUAAGUUAGAACUGUCGCUGCGAAACAACGAAGACAUCGGUGAUGUCAACGAUAUCGAGCAACUGCGAGCGGAGAAUACGUUACUGAAGACCGAAAUGAUGGAGUUGAAAGCUAACGUGAAAGAUCUAACCGAUGAGAACUCAAAGUUGUCCAAUCAGUUAAUGGAAACUAUAGAAGAAUUGGAGGUGCAAGCGGGCAAUUCCUGCAAUAAUACGUUGCGCUUGUCAAUGUUGUACAAUUCCGCGAGCGAUACGUUAGACAAUAGCGUGAACGACAACGCUGAAGCAACGAUCCUGAAGUUGCAGGACCAAGUCAACCAUCUCACGUAUCUCAAUAACAAACUAAGCGAGUUGAAAUUAAGUCCUUGCAUUCAGUGUUCUCACUUAAAAGAGUCGAACGAAAACCGACGAUUGCUUAAGCUGCAAGUGAAGACUCUGAACCACAAGUUGGAGGACUCGCAGAGACGUUUCGACAGCAUUGCGGCAAAAAGCGACGCGCUCAUUUUGAAAGCCCGAGAAGACACGUUGAACGCAAGCGCGUGCAACACGUCUGCCGACACUAGUUUCUCCGAGAGCAUGAACGUCACAUUCGUCGAGGAAGGACUUCAGUCGUUGAACAACGAAUUGCAAAUUUUAAAGGAGGACAGCGACAAACUGAUGAAUGCGCGCGACGAAGAUAAGCGCGAUGAGGAGAAGCGCGAUGAGGAGAAGCGCGACGAAGUCGAGAACAUACAAGAUAGUACUGUUACGAAUUCGAGCAACGAUUCAAGUGUCAGUGUUAAAAAGUCCUCGAGAACUUCGAGAUUGGAAAGGAUCAUGGAAGUUAUGAGCGUCUUGCAGAGCGACUUCAACGAAUUGAAGGAAAAUAAUGUAAACGUUAAAGAAAAUCUCGCGAAAUUUAUUGCCGAGAAGGAAUCCUUACUGGACGAAAUCAAUAUUUUGAGAGCCGCCAACGAACAGCUCCUGCAACAGUUGUCGGAGAGCAAGUUGUCGCACAAGACCGCGUUGGAAAAAGCAAUCAUCCUCGAGAGCGAGAUAACAGACGUGACCGACAAGUUGGAAGAGAUUACCGCGAGAUGUAAACAGAUUGAGGACGCGAAACUCCUUCUCGAUAUCGAGGCCGGAAGUCUGAAAGAAGACAAGAUAAUGAAGGAGCAAACGAUAAAUGAAUUGCGUCAGAGUGUCUCUUGUCUUCAACACGAGGUGGAAUUAAUGAAGAGUCAAAAGGAAGAGCUCGACGUCGAUAACAACAAUUUGAAACAAGAAUAUGAGGAAACACUGAAGUCGCUUAGAUCAGCGAAUGAAGAAUUAACCAAUUCCAAAGCAAUUAUCUCGCAGAAACUGGCCGAUUCUAAAAUUGCGGAAGACAGAGUGACGGAACUCAAUGAGAAGGUGAACAAAAUCUCUUCCGAAAACGAUUAUUUGAAGGAGGAGUUGAUCAAGCUGCGCAAUAUAGAGGAGAAAUUUGAGAAGAUCAAAACCGAGUAUCAGUCGAAACAUCAACAGGAUCAGACCUUGAUCGAGGACAACAAGAAGCUCAAGAACUUGCUGAACAACGCCUCGAAAAACAUCAUCAAGGAGAUAAUUUCUCUCAAACCCAAGGCCGACACGCAGGAACUCGCGAACAAAUCGGCGGACGAUCUGUUCCAAGUGUUCGUGCAAACGAUCUUGGCGAAGGAGACGGAAAUUGUGAAGACGAUGCAGGAGAAUUUCGACAAGACGAAGCGAAAGCUCGAGGAUGAGAAACGGCAGAGCGUGGACGCGGAAAAACGUACGGCCUCGUGGGCGAAGGAACUGGAAGGCGAGAUAGAGAAACUUCAGGCGGAUUUGUCCGAGCGCGAAACCGCGACUCGCAAAUUGCAGGAAGAAGUCGCGCGUUUGGAACAACUUCUGAAGGAGAGCGAUUGCGACAGGUUCGCAAUGAAGGAAAAGAUCGGCGGACUGGAGACGGAUCUCGGCAAUCUGCAGACUGAACUUGACAAAUAUUCCAAAAACGACACGGUGAACGGCGAGGCUGUUAUUAUCGCGCAAAAGCGCGAGAAACAAGCUCAGGAGGUGAUCAAGAACAAGGAAGCCGAGUUUCAGGCAAAAUUAAAUUCGGAGAGAGAGGUGUACAACAAGAGAAUAGAAGAUCUCGCGUGUACGAUAGAGUCGUUCAAAACGAAGACCAUCGAACUGACAGGCAACGUCGAAUGCCUCGAAGCUAAUCAGAAACAAUUGAAGAACAUCAUCGAGCUCAAGAGCAACGAGAUAAUGAAGAGCAAUCAGAUCAUUCAGACGAAGCAGACCGAGCUGGAACAGCUCGCCGAAGCUUACGCCGAUCUAAAUCGCGAACUGGAAGAGAAGAAUCAGCGUAUCGCGGAGAUCACGGAACGAUCCAAGUUCAUGUGCGACGAGCUAACGGAGUGCAGAGCCAGUCUUGAUGUGAUCGUGCCCGAGAACGAGUUUUUGAAGCAACAAAUCAACGAACGAAAGGUCGCCAUAGAGCAGUACAAAAAGGAGAUGGAGAAGCUGAAAAUGGAAGACAAGAAGGAGAUCGACGCGAUCAGAGAUAAGUUGAACUUUGAAGAGUUGAAGAACGCCGAGCUGAACAAGCAAAUAGCCGACUUAAAUAACAAUAACGUCGCUCUGACGGAUUCGAUAAAUAACUUGAUAAACGAAUACGCGAUGUUGGAGCGUAAAUGCUGCGCUUUGGAGAAGAGAGUCAGAAACAGUACGAGCAAGAUACUGGCCGAAGAACAGAUGGAAGAACUGAAGGACUUGAACAGAUCUCUGCGUAACAAUUUGGACGGCGCGAGCAAUCGGAUCACGGAACUGCAAGCCGCCAAAACUGACCUGAUGAAGCAAUUGGUCGUUUUGAACAGUCAAUACGACACGGCGUGCAAAGAGAAUCAAACGUUGAAGGAGACGUUGUCGUCGUACAGAUGCAAAUACGACACGAACGACGACAAGUAUGACGCGCUGCUGCAAGAGAAGAACAAAGUGGCUCUGGAAUUGGAAGCCACAAAGGUUCGACUGGCUCAAGCGAGCAAGGAUAUCGAAAUUUAUACCGAGAAGAUCAAAGAAUUGGAGGAGAAAGUUUUGGAACUCGACAAAGAAGCGGAAGACUUGGCCAAUGUUAUUCGCGAGCAUGACGCUGAGAACGCGAGGCUUCAGGAUCAGUAUUACACGUGUCGCGACGAAAUUGAUAAAUUGCAGAACAAGAUAAAAAGUCUCGAGAAGGAGGAUCGUGACGAAGAAGAUUCGCAAUCGCCGUCGAAAACAAACGAGUCGUCAGAUAGAGUCCAGAGGUCGUCGUAUUAUGACGAAUGUUGUCGCUGCAAGAUAUUGCAAAAUACGAUACGUAAACUCGAACUGGAGCUUGUAUCGAAGAACGGCAAGAUCACGACGUUGGAGCUGCAAAUACGAAGCGGAAGCUUUCCUUAUCAGAAGAAGUGCAAGGAAUUGCAGGAGCAUCUUCUGGCGUACAAAAACAAGAAUAGCGAACUGUCGGCAGAAAUUAAACGACUUCAGAUAGCGAUGCUGCGUACGAGCGCGAGAGAGUGUGACGUGUGCAAACAACGACUCGUGAACAGAAGGCAUCAGUCGUGUCAGACGGUAACGCCGAUACGAUUUUGUGGCACGAGCAGUGGUAUAAUUGAUGACGAAGUGAGAAUACUGAAGUUGGAAAAAGAGAAACAAAUGAUGAAAGAUGUGUGUCGUUCUCGGGCCAAGGUAAUAAAGGAGCUCGAGCAAAGGAUAAAGGUGUACGAGAAUGAACUGGGUCUCGGAAACGCAUAAAAUUUGUUUGUCGCGAUGGAUCAUUUCUUCCGCGUUGCCAUAUCGGUUCGGAACAUGUAUAAUCCGACUCUUUGGUAUUAAGCGCACAAUCAGCCCAGGUGCACAGAUAUGUGCGAACAGUGGCGUAAUAUACACACAGGAUGUAAAUAUUAUAAAUAUUUUUAACGUUACAUAUUUUAAGCAAUGUAGUGUUUUAUAUUUUUGUAAUACAAAUGAAUUCUCAGCUAUAUGUUUUUUACACAUCGACGUCGAAAAUGCCGGCAAUAUAUUUUCUUAACAACUUUACACGUACAGACUGUUGUCUUUUUGUCACACAAUGCAUACGAUGUAAAAUAAUGUUGUUGCAUUUGUGUGGUAUUGAAAUUUCUUCUACUGACGUACGCACAAAUGAACAAUUGUAUGUAUAAAAUAUAUAGUUAAUCAAUUAUCUCGUUGGUGUUUACUGUUUGGUAAACCAAAUGGAUUUUAAUUGAUUAUUCGCAAAUUAUUGAAAGAUUAAUAAUACAAAUUUAUACAUACAUAUAUAUAUAUAU